AUGGGUCGUCGAAAAUCGAAACGAAAGCCUCCUCCAAAGCGAAAAGCGAUAGAGCCGCUUGACCAACAGUUCAACUGCCCGUUUUGUAACCAUGAAAAAUCUUGUGAAGUUAAAAUGGAUCGAGCGCGGAAUACUGCACGAAUACAAUGCCGAGUUUGUUUAGAAGACUUCCAAACUACAACAAAUGUGUUAUCUGAACCCAUAGAUGUUUAUAAUGACUGGGUAGAUGCAUGUGAAAGCGCUAAUUAG